AUGGCCUCGUAUGAAGCCGAAGCCGAAUCCGAAUCCGAAGCCGAUCAUGAACUCCGUGAUCCACACAGCCGGACAUCACACGAGCAACCCUCAUCAUCGCGUUUCACACGGGCUCCACGCCGUCUGCUCAAUACACUUCGCAAUGGCUGGUCGUUCACCAGCCGCAGCAGUAGCUACCGAGCUCUCUCAUCCUCACCCGACGCGAUGAAGCAAGCCAGUUAUGUCCAAAUCGCCUUAUCGAUGAUUGCGGCGCCUCGCUUCCGCCGCUACCUGGUGGUCUAUCUGGGCUUGGUCCUCAUCAGCUGGGCUUCAUGGACCAUGUUCCUGCAUCCCCAUCUGACCGAACGGAAUACUCUCAUGCACGCCUUGAAUCCCGCGACGGAAGUCGCAGUCGGUGGAUGGUACGGGAGUAAUGCGCUCCCUCGUCUCGAUGCCCUGACUCGCCUGCAGACGCUGGACUCCUCGUUGCUGCCUGCGUCGCGAACCGGAGGUUACGGCAAGGGCAAGAAAAGUGCAAAGCGUCUAGUGGUUGUCGGAGAUGUACAUGGGUGCAAAGAUGAACUGUCCCGAUUACUCAAGAAAAUCGAAUUCUCCCCCAGUAGCGGAGAUCACCUCAUUCUAACAGGAGACAUCAUCAACAAGGGCCCCGACAGUGCCGGAGUGGUCGAUCUCGCCCGUGAGCUCGGAGCAUCCUGUGUCCGCGGAAACCACGAGGAUCGCAUCUUACUCCUCCGUCACGAACUAGACGCCAAACACAGAACGACGGAGUCAACAAACGAGGACGGGCAGAACGUCACAUCGCACGCACCCUCAGACAAAGAAGCCCAAGAGCGUGAAUUGGCCCGGUCCCUCAGUGCCGACCAGAUCAAGUGGCUUGGUGCGUGCCCGGUGAUAUUGGAUGUUGGGCAAAUCCCGACCAUGGGCCGAGUGGUGGUUGUGCACGCGGGGCUGGUCCCCGGCGUGGAGCUGGACAAACAGGAUCCCUCGCUGGCAAUGACCAUGCGAACGAUUGACCCGGACACGCAUUUCCCCAGUCCGUCGAACAAGGGUAUUGCAUGGUCAAAGAUGUUCGAAAAGCAUCAAACUCGACUAUACUCGAGUCUCAAACCCUCGCAUCGAGAUCCCCGAUCACACCCCACGACCGUCAUCUACGGCCAUGACGCGAAAACAGGAUUGAACAUACAAACCUACGCCAAGGGACUCGACUCUGGCUGUGUCAAGGGCGGGAAAUUGACCGCCCUGGUGAUUGAGGAUGGCGGGAAGCAGACCAUUGUACAGGUCAAGUGCAAGACGGAUUAUACCUUGACGGCGGAGGGGGAGAGACGGAGAAGAAGGAGAAAAAGCUAA